GGGCGAUGAAAGUAAAAUUUGUGUCCCCUCGUCAUCGCUCGAAGGUUUGCCUCGGCUAGUCUUUUUACUGUUUGCUGCAGUUGUAUUGCAGAAACGCUGCUGUUACUAUUGGGAUUAUUUGUGCGCGUUGCUCAAGCGCAUUUGGACAUAUGAUGUGGUGGUGGGUUGGUUGCAGCAUUUAACACUAGUGUGAUCCGAAGCGGAGUGACGUAGAUCUAGGUUUCGUAUCGAGUCUGAAUCGAACUAUUCUGUUGCCAGCUGAUCGCUUCUUGUUGGAACAAUGCUGCAAAAUUCGGCCCCAUUUGUUCAGGUACAAAUAGGCACACGAACUUAUGAUGCUAACGAAAUCCAGAAGCUUAUUCCUCAACUGGAGGAAACUAUUGAGAAGAAGGAACGUCAAAUUCGGCAACAGCAAAAUACCGUAGAAACACAGUUGAAAAGGAUCAACGAACUAGAAAAAGAAGUGAGGACAUUGCAGUCAGAAUGUGACAAACUUCGUUCUGUACUCGAUCAAAAAGCACAAUCUGUUGCAGCAUUGAGCAGUACUCAUAAGGCUUCGUGGGGUACGGAAGAGUUGCGAACUGAGCUUCAGCAAAAGGCGAUGUUGCCAGCUGCCGAUGACGGUGUUCGUUCCAAGAAAAUGGCAGUAUCUGCAGAACCGUCUAACUUGGAUACGCAGAAAGCUACCUUGCAGCAUCAUCCAAAAUCUGCUGGUUCGAAACAGCUUAUUCGGGAUGCAGUUCAGAAGAAUGACUUCCUGCGACAGCUUGCUAAAGAGCAAGUUAUAGAACUGGUGGAGUGCAUGUAUGAAAUGCGUGCUCGUGCAGGUCAGUGGGUCAUACAGGAGGGUGAGCCUGGAGAUCGACUAUUUGUUGUUGCAGAGGGACAGCUUCAAGUAUCACGCGAAGGUAUUGUAUUGGGAAAGUUGGGUGCAGGAGUUGUUAUGGGAGAACUUGCUAUUCUUUAUAACUGUGUUAGAACAGCAUCUGUGCAAGCAUUGUCAGAUGUUCAGUUGUGGGUGUUGGAUCGUUCUGUCUUCCAAAUGAUUACCAUGCGUUUGGGUAUGGAAAGACAUGCACAGUUAAUGGCAUUUCUUAGCAAAGUAUCGUUAUUUGAAAAUUUAUCGGAAGACCGAAUAUCAAAAAUUGCUGAUGUUUUGGACCAGGAUUAUUAUUCCGGUGGGAAUUACAUUAUUCGAGAAGGAGAAAAGGGUGACACAUUCUUCAUCCUUACGAAUGGUCAGGUUCGUGUUACACAGCAGAUUGAAGACGAACCGGAGCCUCGAGAGAUACGUAUUUUAAAGCAGGGCGACUUCUUCGGUGAAAAAGCCCUUCUUGGUGAAGAGGUAAGGACAGCAAGUGUCAUCGCAAUUAAUCCUGGUGUAGAAGUCUUGACACUUGACAGAGAGUCGUUCACAAAACUGAUUGGAGAUCUUGAAGCCCUAAAUCGCGACUACGGAGAUUCACUAAGAAGAGCCACUAUUGUUGUACCUGAGCCACCAUCGCCGAAAAAGACUGCUCAGGAGAAAGAAUUUGCUGAUUUGCAGUUAAGAAAUUUGAAAAGGAUUGUCACACUUGGUGUUGGUGGUUUUGGUCGUGUUGAAUUGGUUUGCAUCAGUGGUGACAAAAUGCGGACAUUUGCACUGAAAGCUUUGAAAAAGAAGCAUAUUGUAGAUACAAGGCAACAAGAACAUAUUUUUGCGGAGAGAAAUAUUAUGAUGGAAACUCGUUCAGACUGGAUUGUUAGAUUAUACACAACAUUUCGUGACGCAAAAUACGUUUAUAUGCUGAUGGAAGUUUGUUUGGGUGGCGAGUUAUGGACUACGCUUCGAGACAGAGGGCACUUCGAUGAUUAUACUGCUCGAUUUUACGUCGCUUGUGUUUUGGAGGCGCUUGAAUAUCUUCACAGAAAAAACAUUGUUUACCGCGAUUUAAAACCAGAAAACUGCUUGCUUACUCAGACAGGAUACCUCAAACUUGUUGACUUCGGUUUCGCGAAGAAGUUAGCAAGUGGACGCAAAACAUGGACUUUCUGUGGUACGCCAGAAUAUGUUUCACCUGAAAUUAUUCUUAACAAGGGACAUGAUCAAGCAGCUGAUUACUGGGCAUUAGGAAUUUAUAUUUGUGAAUUAAUGCUCGGUCGUCCACCGUUUCAAGCCGCAGAUCCGAUGAAAACUUACACACUAAUAUUGAAAGGCGUGGAUGCCUUAGAAAUUCCAAAUCGACGAAUUGGGAAAACGGCAACGGCUCUUGUUAAGAAACUGUGCAAAGACAAUCCCGGUGAACGUCUUGGCUGUGGUAGUGGAGGUGUUGGUGAUAUCCGCAAACAUAGGUGGUUUAUGGGUUUCGACUGGGAAGGCUUGAGGUCAAGAACUUUGAAAGCACCAAUUGUGCCAAAAGUGGCAAGUCCAUCGGAUGUAACGAACUUUGACAGUUAUCCACCGGAACAAGACGUACCACCUGAUGAGUUUUCUGGUUGGGAUGAAGGCUUCUAAACUCAUCAACUAACCAAAAUUGUCAUGGCAAAUAUUAAUAUGGAAUCAGAUUAGAAUCGGCAGUUGCUUAUCGAAUGGAAAUAGUAUUUUUCGAACAGUGGAAAGUAACGCAAAAUUUGUAUUCGAUAAUCUUCUGUGUUUAGGUAACAUACGUGUUUUUAUAUUCAUCGAAAACCAAAGUUUUCUGUGGGCACUAAAUUUUUUUCAGACCUCACUUUAAAGUACAUGUAGUCAUAACUUUUUUCUUUUCAGCAAAUCCUGUAUCCUAUAAGAAUGAUUAUAAACCCUAUCACUCUUGCUUCCCUUCCAUGUACAGAUAUCCAUCACAUAUUUAAAAACUUGCCGGAUAUUUUCUUGAUUAUCAAACAAGGUGUAAAAAGAAAAAGAGGAGAUAAGAGAUGAUUUUAGAUUCUUCUUGUUCAUCUUAACGUUACAGUUUAAAUGUAUUUGUAGAAGAAACAUGCUUUUUUAUGACGUCUGUUCCAACUUUCUACCAAAUUUUCUUCCAUCCCUAGAAGAUUUGGAUCUAUUUCAGUCGAUAGUUGUUGAAAUCCAUAUAUGCAGCACAUA